AGCUCUGGCUGGGUUGAGUAGAGCGCUCGUCGCUCCCUCUCGAGAGUAGAAUAUAGCUUGCGAAGAACGGCGAGUGUGUUAAAUUGUGCCACCGAAAUCCGAUGUUUCUAAUUUGAAGUGCGUAAAAUUAAGUAAAGCAAUGUCUUCGAACAACCAGAAGCAAUCGACCACUCAGCGGAUGAUACAAGCCGUACCGUUCCCACCGAGUCACAAACUGACAGUCGCCGAAGUGUUCGACCCGAGAACGGCGAAACCGCGGCCGGACGUGUUGAAGCAGCAUUUCAUAUUGGAAGGGCGCAUCGAUGAGACCGCCGCCCUUCGAAUCAUCAACGAGGGCGCGCAGCUGCUCCGCGCCGAAAAGACGAUGAUCGACAUUGAAGCUCCCGUCACAGUAUGUGGAGAUAUUCACGGUCAAUUUUAUGACCUCAUGAAACUAUUCGAAGUGGGAGGACCACCUGCCAGUACAAAGUACCUUUUUCUUGGUGACUAUGUUGAUAGAGGAUAUUUUAGUAUAGAGUGCGUGUUGUACCUGUGGGCACUGAAGCUUUGUUACCCUACUACCCUUUUUCUACUGCGUGGCAACCACGAGUGUCGACAUUUAACAGAGUACUUCACGUUUAAACAAGAGUGUAAAAUAAAAUAUUCAGAACGUGUGUAUGACGCGUGCAUGGAUGCGUUCGACUGUCUGCCACUAGCGGCGCUGAUGAACCAACAGUUCCUUUGCGUCCAUGGCGGACUUUCCCCUGAGAUACACAAUUUAGAUGAUAUACGGAAGUUAGACAGAUUCAAAGAACCUCCAGCGUUUGGGCCCAUGUGCGAUUUAUUGUGGUCGGAUCCCUUGGAAGAUUUCGGAAAUGAAAAUAACGCAGAACACUUCUCACACAACUCUGUAAGAGGCUGCUCAUAUUUCUACAGCUACGCUGCGUGUUGUGAUUUUCUACAAAAUAAUAAUCUCCUAUCGAUAAUUAGAGCACAUGAGGCACAAGAUGCAGGAUAUAGGAUGUAUAGAAAAAGUCAAACGACAGGCUUCCCAUCACUAAUAACAAUAUUCUCAGCACCAAAUUAUCUGGACGUUUAUAAUAAUAAGGCAGCAGUACUGAAAUACGAGAACAACGUCAUGAACAUCCGCCAGUUCAACUUCUCUCCCCACCCUUACUGGCUGCCCAACUUCAUGGACGUGUUCACGUGGUCGUUGCCCUUCGUCGGCGAGAAAGUAACGGAGAUGCUCGUCAACGUGCUCAACAUCUGCUCCGACGACGAGCUCGUCUCCGACGGUGACGACGCUCUGGAAGAAGCGAAACAGGCUAAAAUUGUUAUAAAAAAACCUGCAGCAAAUCUUCGGAAGGAAGUAAUACGAAAUAAGAUCAGAGCCAUCGGAAAAAUGGCUAGAGUAUUCUCCGUAUUGAGGGAGGAAAGCGAAUCUGUUCUACAACUCAAAGGUCUCACGCCGACUGGUGCUCUACCUUUGGGAGCGCUAUCUGGAGGAAAAACGAGUCUCAAAAAUGCAUUGCAGGGUUUCUCUCCUAACCACAAAAUCACCAGUUUCGCAGAAGCUAAGGGUCUGGACGCAAUAAACGAACGUAUGCCUCCCAGGAAGGACGCCCCUCCAUCACCGUCAACCGACGAGAAGGCGCAGGACCACAAUCACACUCAGUCCAAUGCACAUUCGUGAGCUAAACUCAACUAGGACAUCACAUCAGCCAUCUGCAGAAUUACCUGUGAUGGAUCAGCGAUUCGUAUGCAGUGGCGUCCACCACCUCGACGACAACAUUUUACAUCUUUAUUAGGUUAUAAUUACAUCCUAUCAUUGGGACGACGGGCUCGUUCUUCGGAACCGCUGGAACAAGUAGCUGGUCUGCUUCCCUUCUCUCUGUCCUUUACGCUGUGUUCGUGCCUCGCUCUUGCACACUGACUGCUAUAUUACUGUUAUUGAUUAUCAUUAUUAUUAUUCUUGUAUCGCUUCGGGAUGCCGGAAAAAGCGUCCGACUACAUUCCAUAUCUACUGGAUCGAUGGUUAUUGCUGGUCGCUCGGACCAAAUCAUUGAUUACGUGUUUCUGUCAUUGUAUUUAUCGGUUGUAACCAGUAGAGUAGGUAGUGUGAAUAAUACUGUUGCAUAGCUCGGAACGCGAUCAGGUGGGAUGUUCGAGAUGAGAAGAAUGAAUGGGAUGUUUUUAUAAAAUCGGCACAUCAAAUAUUCUUCUGAUAUAUGUCUCUUUUCUACUCUGUCUUCGUGAUUUAAGCUGAAUAAUAAUAAUAUUUUACCACUAUGCGACCUAAAUAACUUUUAUAUUGUGAAAAUAUAUCGCAGUUAAAAAGCUCUGUCAGUUUAAAAAGUUGACUCAUUUGCUCAUGAAUCGACCAACAAAACGACUGAACUUACUAACUGUAUUCGCCAUUUUUCAUUGUCAUCAACCAAAUUAACACUUGGGGUUUAUAUUCCACUACAAACGGAUAAAAUAACAUUUGAAAAACUUCAUCCAAGUACAUAGUUCACAUAGGCAUGAAAUAACGGUUAGUUAAUGAAUAGAUCAACACAUUUUCUGUUUCAUUUGACAGAAGGAAAGUGGAAAAGUGACAUUUUCUUUAUCUUUAAGUUCUGUGAAAUCGUAGAACUGGCAACUCAGGAAUAUUACGAUUAGAGUACUUGUUACGUCAUAAAUGGCGGCAAACUCUGUUUUUUUUAAUGUCUCAUGAAUUUUUAGGGUUUUUGAACAGCGAUUUAUCUGAUUACCUUCUAGGAAAACUUAUAUAAAUAUACCUUUAUUAUACUUCGAAUAUAAGCGCAUCUCAAGCAAAUUACAGCGAUUGAUUUCUCGCCUAAUCUGUUGGUGGAGAAUGCUAUCAAAAAUAGUUGGCAGGAUGAAAGUUGAUUCAAAACACAUAAAAAUCUAUGAUAUCGCUGUUUUGAUUAAUGAACCAUUUUCAGAUUUUUCAUAUGUAUUUUUGAGAUAACAGGAUUUCUUUAUGCUGUCAUUGCAAACUCUAACGUUGAAUUCCGUUUUUAAAGUUCCUCUUUUAUUUCAAAAGUCAGAAGCCAAUUUUAUGAAAAUAAUAUCAUUCUCUCUUCCCCUUCAAAUCUCGAACCUCCAACCUCAUAGCGAAACGACCUUGAACAAACCACUGAAGCCAGCAGUGUGAAACAGCGUGCAGGGCAUGGGCAAUUUGCACGUGUGGAGUGAUAAUGAGCGUGCCAUACACACCAGUCGCCACUGUUUUGUCAUCCUCAUCUUCAUAUACGUUGUUCCCAUCACCGUCAUCGCCAUCACUAUGUGUGUUUUAAAUAAAAAAGUUAUAAAGAUAAACAAAAGAUAUUGCUAUACCUAUUUAAUUGCCGAUUGUAAUUGUGCGGGAUAAGUACAUUUUUCUCUCUAUUAAUAUUAAACAAAGUAUUCGAUUGGGGGGGAUUUUCUAGAUUUCGUCGACCUUCCUUCAAAUGGGGGGAGGGAUGAGAAAUGUUUGUUAUGAAGUUUUGAAAUUGAAGUUGACUUGGUCUUUUCAUUUUCGAAAUACAGGUCUAGUUCACUAGUGUAAUCAGUUUUUUUAGAUUAAACACGAUUUGUUCUUGAUUUCUUUUUCUGCAUAUUAAAAUUGCUACAUGAAAAGUUGAAUCUCUAAGAUAAACUAUUUUAUUCAAAAAUACUAAUUCGAUAAUAUAACAAUCACAGCCACUGUUGUUUAUACCGAGCAUCCUGAUGAUUGCUGGUUCAAUAAAAAUAAAAUUGUGGCUAAAUGCGCCGUAUGGAAGCAAAGGCCAAGAAAACCUAAAGAAAAAAGAGAAGAAGUGAAAGAGAAAAAUGAAAUUGGCUUGUUGGUACACCGUUAUUGAAGAAAAAGUGUCGCGUGUGAGCUAGAUGUAAAUUUAUGGUGUUUUGAUUUAUCAAAUUGUCUCUGAAAUUAUAAUUCACAUCAGGCAAUAAUGUAACAACGAGCUAGAUCAGCAGAACGCCAAUAUCCACAUAUCCACAAAAUCAUGUUACAAAUAUUAGUUAAUGUAUGUACAUUCUUUUGUUAGAAUGUUUUCAAUGAUUUACAUUGUGACAGCUUUUUUAAAUCAAAAGAUAAAGUAGAAAUGAAAGUUAGUCAUUUCAAUACUUCAAUAAAAAAUUCAAAUAAGCUGCCUUGAUGUUUGAUGAUCAUUGUUCAAGAAGAACAAAUUCAAAUAUGAUUGUCCAUUAUGCAUAUAAUAACUUCCAAUUUCAAUAAAUGGGUCAAAUUUGAAAUCAGUGAUUGACAUUUCCAUCAAAGUUCCGUGAAAUCGUUAAACUGGCAACUCAGGAAUAUUACGGACAUAGUACUUAUUACGUCAUAAAUUGGCGGCAAAACGGUGUUGUUUGAAAGUCUCGCGAAAUUUCAAGGAUUUUGAAGGGCGAUUUAUCAAACGAGUUCCUAGAAAAACUCAUAUAUAUCAUAUCAUAUUUUAUUCUCGUCUAUUCUGUUGGUGGAAUGUGCAACCAAAGAGAUACUUGGCAGCAUAAAAAUUGACCAAAGAUAAUUUUUCGAAAAUCUGUGGAUGUUUUCAAAUUUGAACAGCAGAAGAUGUAUAUCUAUUCAAAUAUAACUCGUCAGAGUAACAUGAAAGUGAAUUGGUAAAUUGAAUAAUCAGUGUUAAUAAUAAUUGCAGCAAAUGCAAGUUAAAUUUUGAAUAAAGUUCAUUAUCAUCUCAAGCCAAUAUAUAUUUUUCCAUGCACUAAAAUUAUGAAAUAGAGAAAGGGAUUGAAAAUUCAACAAAAAUUUAUUGUACUACUGAUUUUGUUUUUUUAUUCACUAGUAUCGAUGAACAUUAUUGGCAAAAGAGCAAUUUAUUAAAUACUUUAAAAAUGAUGUGGAAUUAAAAAUGAUCUUUAUCGUUUUCGCUCAUGAGAUCUUUUGAAGAAUAUCUCGAAAGGCCAAAAUCUCUAAUAUCUGAGAGUGUAUUUUGAAAAUGACUCUAAUUUCAAUUUCAGGUUCAUGUUCUUGAUGUAAACAACAAAUCUGGUACAAUUCGAAAAUUCAAUGGGGCGCAAAUCUGGAAAAGAUCCUUCAAUUCAAUAUUAAGACAAAAACACAUCUUGCUACGAGUUGUACUUAUUUUUUAUUUUUUUCAUUGUACAAAUUGUGUUAUAAUAUUAAAUGGUUAAUAUUAACUGAGCUCCCCGUAGGCGAGAGACGCCCCCUUGGAAAUGGUGUGUAUAUAAAAUGUACAAAUAUAUGUUAACCAGUUCAGUGUUGAAGCCACCCUUGAAUUUCAUCAGAAACUAUGAAUCUCCAGCACAUCUGUAAGCCAUUAUAGAAAUAUUUUUAGCAACAUUUGAGAGGAGGGCCUUUUGCGCCUACUUGGAGAUUGCGUGAAUGAUGAUUCUGCUGUAUGCCGGAGUAUAUAUAUAUCUAAUCUUUUUAAAUUCUGUAAAUUUACUCUAUAAUAUAUUAUAUACAUACUAUGGUAUAGUUAAUUAUUAGGUAAUAUCUCAACCACCUAUCGGAAUAUCAAAAAGAAAUUUCAUAUGGCGUCCCACAACUUUUAUACAAAGCUAUAACAAUCUCGCUUGAAUUUCUCCAAUAACUUUAUAGUAAACGAUUUGAAUGUG